GACAGAAUGCCAUUGCCCAGGCCAGCUCGCACGAGCCACCCGGCCAGCUUCAGGACAGCACUAUCAAUUAAUCGCAGCCAGUGUCCUACAGACAACAGCGCAACUCAGCUCCCAUACCUCUGGCACGACCACGAUCAACCCCCCUUGUCACAGAGUUCUCGACUACGCGCUGGAAUCAAGAUGGUCGUCCUAGCAGCUUCGAUCUGCACCCGCGGGGGCAAAGCUGUCCUUUCGCGACAGUUCCGUGAGAUGCCCAGGUCGCGCAUCGAAGCCCUACUCGCCUCCUUCCCCAAGCUCGCGGACAGCGGGACCCAGCAUACGACCGUCGAGCAGGACAACGUCCGAUUUGUCUACCAGCCUCUUGACGAGCUGUACAUGGUUCUCAUUACCAACCGCCAGUCCAACAUCCUCCAAGACAUCGACUCCCUGCAUCUCUUCGCCCAGGUCGUCACCAGCACCUGCAAGAGCCUGGAGGAACGAGAAAUCCUGAAGAAUUCCUUUGAGCUUCUGAGCGCCUUCGACGAGCUGGUCACCUUGGGGUACAGGGAGAACCUCACCAUCAGUCAGAUCAAGACCUUCUUGGAGAUGGAGAGUCACGAGGAGCGCAUCCAGGAGAUCAUUGCAAGGAACAAAGAACUGGAGGCUACGGAAGAGCGGAAGAGGAAGGCCAAACAACUCGAGAUGCAGCGCAAAGAGUCAGCCAGGGGUGCGCGGGGCAUGGGCAACGUGCCCAGGACGCCCGUCUAUCCCACAUAUACUGCGCCCAGUCGACCUGCUGCCACCGACACUUACGACACUUACAAAGCUGAGAAGAACAAGUCGAAAUUCACGGCGCCAAAGGGCAAAGGCAUGCAACUUGGCAAGAAAUCCAAGACAACCGAUAUGUUCGAGCGAGUACGCGGCGAAAUGGGCAACGAAGUCGACGACAGCCCGCUUGUCGCUCCAGCAGCUCCCUCUCCUGUUGCAGCCGAGCCUGCGCCGCGUGCCUCGACGACACUGGACCGCGAUGCCAUCCACGUCACAAUCAACGAGGCGAUCAGUGCGAAGCUGUCGAAGGAAGGCGCUGUCGAGUCCAUCAGUGUUAGCGGAGAUCUGCAGCUGAGGAUAUCCGACCCAUCACUGACCAAGAUCAAACUCGACCUGAACGCGCAGCCCACCCACGGCGCGCAGUUCCGAACACAUCCAAACGUCGACCGGAACCUCUUCAACAGCUCCAGGACCAUCCAGAUGGCCAACACAGCGAAAGGGUUCCCGGUUAAUAACUCAGUCGGCGUGCUUCGGUGGCGUGCCACUCCAAAGGCAGAUGACCCGACCGCGGUGCCAAUCAGCUUCACCGUCUGGGUCAACAAGGGUUCUGACGGCAGCUAUACGAUGACCGUCGAGUACGAGCUGACCGGCGGUGACGCGCUCAAAGAUGUGAGCGUCACUAUCCCAUACUCGACUGCCGAGCCUUCGGUGUCGAGCUUUGAUGCCACAUAUGACGUGUCGGGAGACAGCCUGGAGUGGUCAAUCGGCACUGUGGAUGACGAGAAUCCCAAUGGUGCUUUUGAGUUUGAAGCCCAGGCCGACGAUGAGAACGAAUUCUUCCCAAUGCAGGUCCGCUUCUCCAAGACCACGCCAUUCGUGGACGUUGAUGUUUCGUCCGUUGCUCUGGUGGAGAUGAACGAGGAUGUGACCUUCUCGAAAGAGAUCAAAUCCAUGGCGGACUCUUAUGUCAUUGAGUAAUGCAGGUUUCGCAGGUGUAGAGGAGUUCAACAGUAGCAUGCCUUAUUAAAAGCCCUCGUUGUGGACACG